AUGUCUUUAGACGCUAUAAGAAAUACUGAGCAAAUAAACGCCGCUAUUAAAAUUAUAGAAAAUAAAAUAGAACGUCCGGAAUCAUCCGCAACCUCCAUAGAGUCCAAGUCUACCGCUGCUACUGCUGCUGCUGCUGCUACUGCUGCUAAUGCUACUACUGCCUCCACACAAGCUUCCAGAGACCUCACGCAGUACACCCUUGAUGACGGAAGAACCGUAUCGACAGACCGCAGAAUAAUGAGUAAGGUCCCCGCCAUCACGUCGCAUAUCCCGACGGAUGAAGAGCUGUUCCAACCGGAUGGGAUACCUCGCCACGAAUUCCUAAAAGACCACUUCAAGCGCGAGGGCAAACUGUCCAUCGCGCAAGCGGCCAAGAUCAUCACCCUCGCUACAGAACUCUUCAGUAAAGAACCCAACCUUAUAUCCGUCCCAGCCCCAAUCACGGUCUGUGGUGACAUUCAUGGCCAGUUCUUCGAUCUUCUGAAGUUGUUCGAAGUCGGCGGUGACCCGGUCACGACAUCGUAUCUGUUCUUAGGAGAUUACGUUGAUAGAGGAUCCUUUUCGUUUGAAUGUCUUAUUUACUUAUAUUCUUUGAAAUUGAACUUUAACGACCAUUUUUGGCUACUAAGAGGGAACCAUGAAUGUAAACAUUUGACUUCGUAUUUCACCUUCAAGAAUGAAAUGCUGCACAAAUAUAAUCUAGAUAUCUACGAAAAAUGCUGCGAAUCGUUCAACAACCUACCUUUAGCAGCACUGAUGAAUGGACAGUAUCUCUGUGUUCACGGUGGUAUCUCCCCUGAGUUAAACUCUCUACAAGAUAUCAACAACUUGAACAGGUUUAGAGAGAUUCCUUCGCAUGGACUGAUGUGUGAUCUGUUGUGGGCUGACCCGAUUGAAGAGUACGACGAAGUUAUGGAUAAAGACCUGACCGAGGAAGAUAUUGUGAACUCCAAGACAAUGGUCCCUCACCACGGUAAGAUGGCCCCUCCAAGGGACAUGUUUGUUCCAAACUCGGUGAGAGGCUGUUCGUAUGCCUUCACGUAUCGCGCUGCAUGUCAUUUCCUACAAGAAACCGGUCUAUUAUCCAUCAUCAGGGCGCACGAGGCUCAAGACGCCGGAUAUAGAAUGUACAAGAAUACCAAGACUUUGGGCUUCCCUUCUCUUUUGACCCUUUUCAGCGCUCCAAACUACUUGGACACCUACAACAAUAAGGCAGCUAUACUGAAAUAUGAGAACAAUGUUAUGAACAUUAGACAGUUCAACAUGACUCCGCAUCCUUAUUGGUUGCCAGAUUUCAUGGACGUGUUCACGUGGUCCCUGCCAUUUGUUGGCGAAAAGGUUACAGAAAUGCUAGUUGCAAUCCUGAACAUCUGUACUGAAGAUGAACUGGAAGUCGAAACCCCCGUGAUUGAAGAAUUAGUCGGUACUGAUAAAAAAUUGCCGCAGAUAAGCAAAUCGAAGGGGGCUCCACAGACUGCCGCAUCGACUCCCCCCAAGCAUACUUCUAUCUUAGAUAACGAAUAUCGAAGGAAAGCCCUAAGAAAUAAAAUCUUGGCCGUUGCCAAAGUUUCCAGAAUGUAUUCUGUUCUCAGGGAGGAAAACGAUAAAGUCCAGUUCUUGAAAGACCACAAUUCAGGGGUAUUGCCACGUGGUGCUCUGUCUAAUGGCGUAGAAGGUUUAGACGAGGCCUUAUCCACUUUUGAAAGAGCAAGAAAGCAUGAUUUAAUCAAUGAAAAAUUACCGCCUUCAUUGGAUGAACUGAAAAAUGAAAAUAAGAAGUAUUACGAAAAAGUUUGGGAAAAGGUACAUCAACAUGAUGCAACGAAAGAUGAUAAGUAG